AUGCUGGGCGCUCUGAAGUCCGUCUUCUGGCCCUCCGAGGCCGCGCGGCCCACCGAGACGCCUGCCCUCCAGAAUCUUGCAGGGGACAAGCGCAAAGCCAAGCUUCGCGACGUGAAGGCCGAGGACUACCCGACGCCAGAGAAGUAUUUGGAAGGGGCUGAGAUUCCCACUUUCUACCAGUUCCAGAGCAACAUGGUGGCGGACGAGGACCUGAAACCUGGCAUGUGCAGUGGCUUGGAGGUGGACAAGCGGCUGACGCUGCCCACGCGUACGCACAUCCGCUUCCUCGUGACCGGCCAGGACGUCAUCCACUCCUUCUCCAUCCCUUCUUUGGGACUGAAGACGGAUGCCACGCCUGGCCGCAUCAACCGUAUCAAUACCUUCAUCCAGCGUGAGGGUGUCUUCUACGGCCAGUGCUCCGAGCUGUGCGGCACGCUGCAUGGCUUCAUGCCCAUUGUCGUUGAGGCCGUGUCUCCUGAGACCUACGCAGCCCACGCCCGCAAGUGGUACAAGGAGUGA